UGCCGCGGCGUGGGAAAGCGCCUCAGAGAGGGUUUGCUCUGCUGGCGGUGCGGAGGCGUGCUGUGCCGAGCCGUGCCGUGCCCGCAGCCCACCCCGGAUUUAUUUAUCUCUGCCCCCGCGCCGUGCACACCAUGAAGCGACCUUGCGAGGAAACUACCUCAGACAGCGAUAUGGACGAGACUAUAGACGUGGGGAGCGAGAACAACUACUCGGGGCAAAGUAAUAGUUCUGUCAUUCGAUCAAAUUCCCCAACAACAACAUCUCAGAUCAUGGCCAGAAAGAAAAGAAGAGGGAUUAUAGAGAAAAGGCGCCGGGAUCGUAUAAAUAACAGUUUAUCAGAGCUGAGGCGGCUUGUGCCAACUGCUUUUGAAAAACAAGGAUCUGCCAAAUUAGAAAAAGCGGAAAUACUGCAAAUGACAGUGGAUCAUCUGAAGAUGCUGCAGGCAACAGGAGGGAAAGGUUACUUUGACGCCCAUUCCCUGGCCAUGGAUUUCAUGAGCAUCGGCUUCCGGGAGUGCUUGACAGAAGUGGCGAGGUACUUGACUUCGGUGGAAGGCCUGGACACGUCCGACCCGCUGCGCGUCAGGCUCGUGUCUCACCUGAGCACCUGCGCCUCUCAGCGGGAAGCUGCCGCCAUGACCUCCUCCAUGGCGCACCACCACCACGGCCUGCCCCCUCCGCACUGGGCGGCCGCCUUCCAGCACCUGCCGGCCGCCCUGCUGCAGCCCGGCGGCCUGCACGCAGCGGAGGCCGGCCCUUGCAGACUCUCCUCGGACGUGCCCCCGCACGGCUCCGCGCUGCUCACCGCCACCUUCGCCCACGCCGACGCCGCCCUCAGGGUCCCCUCCGCCGGCAGCAUCGCUCCCUACGUCCCUCCUCUCUCCACCUCCCUGCUGUCGCUGUCGGCCACCGUGCACGCCGCGGCAGCGGCAGCCACGGCUGCGGCGCAGAGCUUCCCGCUGUCCUUCACCGGCGCCUUCCCCAUGCUGCCGCCCAGCGCCGCCGCCGCCGUGGCCGCGGCCACCGCCAUCACCCCGCCGCUGGCCGUGUCCGCCGCUGCCAGCCCGCAGCAGGCCGGCGCCGGGGGCGGAACGAAACCCUACCGACCCUGGGGGACUGAAGUCGGAGCCUUUUAGGUCUGGCCGCGCACACAGCUCGUCCCACUCCAUUCCCCGUGCAUGCGCUCACCGCCACGAGCCGCGUCCCCACAGCCGCGCCGGGAGCCGGUGUGCCCUCACUGCAGGCGUCGGCGAGGACCUGGGGAGACACCUCCUUCUUCUAAUUCUCCGUCUGUCUUGCUGGAGGCACCUCGAGGGAGCAGCAAUGGCUUUUGUAACAGUGCAACCAUACCGUCACAUAGAGGUUUCCUGCAAAAUACGUAGAAAUACGUAGACAUUAGAAUUUACAGUUCUGCAGCUAUGCAUCCUUGUUUGGCAGAGAGGUGAGGGAUUGCAUCUACCAGGUCUCCCCAGGCUAGAAAAGGAGUUCCAGUUUCAUAAGUGCCUGACAUUGAAAAAAUAAUAAAUAUAUAUAUAUAUG